AAGUCAACACCCCCUUCCUCUAAAAUAUCAUGUGAGGCGCAUCCCAGCACGCUUCUUCUUAUUCUGUGUCAUGAUACAAGCUGACUCAACUCUUCAAAUAUGGACUACAUCAACACUACACAGACGGAACCAAAAAACAGCACAGAUGUCAGCAGCGUGUUCACACAUCAGGUUCUGCCUGUGCUCUACACCAUCAUCUGCACUUGUGCCUUCAUUCUCAACGGACUCGCCGCUUGGAUCUUCUUCAGGGUUCCCACCUCCUCAGCCUUAGUAGUUUACCUAAAAAACAUGGUGGUGGCAGACAUUCUGAUGUUGUUUACCUACCCGUGGCGUGUAGUGGGUGACCUCGGUUAUGGCGGCUUGCAGUUGAAGCUGAUAGUUUGCCGCUACACAGCUGUGCUUUUCUACCUCAGCAUGUACACAGGAAUAAUCUUCAUGAGCCUCAUCAGCUUGGAACGCUACUUCAAAAUUGUGCGCAGUACCUCCAACGUGUCUUCUUUUCUGCAGCGUGUUUCGGUAGCAAAGGCUCUCGCGCUGCUAACUUGGGGCGUCAUGAUGUUUUUCAUGCUGCCGAAUGCCAUAUUAACCAAUCAGCCAAUGCCUAAGGUUUUCUCCUGCAUGGCCCUGAAGGGCAACCUGGGUCGGCGCUGGCACGAAAUUUCAGCCCACUUCAACGUUGGAAUCUUCUGGAUGGCAUUCCUGUUGAUGGUGUUUUGCUACACCUCCAUCGCCUGUCAUGUUUACCGCUCGUACAAACGCGUGCAGCAGGACAGCAGCGUGGUGAGACGGCGGUCAAAUCGAAGCAUUUUUAGCUUGCUGGCUGUUUUUGUCUUCUGCUUUGUUCCGUAUCAUGUUUGUCGAGUGCCCUACACGCUUAGCCAAAGCAACAAGGAUGACUUUAGCACCUUCAGCCGCUUCAUUCUCUUCCAGGUCAAAGAAGCUACGCUCUUCCUGUCCGCUCUUAAUGUAUGUCUGGAUCCUGUCAUCUACUUUCUCAUGUGCAGGACAUUCAGAGAGUCACUUUUGCAGAAGAUAUCAUCUGUAAACCACGAAAACAGGCGGCCUUCAAUAGGCACUGGGCUCAGUAUCAGCAAUCUGUAAUGAUUGAGCAACAAAGUAAAGCGAGCAUUACCCAUUUGCAAGAUGAAAAAGAUAUUUAGAUUUGAAACCACAUACCACAUGGUUUUCUUGCAUGUGAAAACGCAGCAUAAAGAGAUUGAGCGGAAGAAUGUCACAACAAAGUGGUGUUUUCCAAAAAAAACCCACCAAGUCAAGUCAGCCACAGCUUUCAAAACUUUUUACUGAAGAAAAGUCAACCCUUAACUGCAGAGUUGUCUAUAAAUAGAUAUUCUGACAUAAUUUUUCUUAUCCUCAUCUCAUUUUAAAUUUUUUACUCUUAAAAAUAAAUAUCGCUGCUGUUUUCCCAGCAAUGCCAUUGAAGAAUCAUUUUUUUGGUUCCCUGAUGAACAUUUUAAUGAACAGUUCUAAAAAGAAGCAAUUUUUCUUAUUGUGAAGAACAUUUUUAAAAACCUUUUCCACUAUAAAGAAUCUUUUGUGUUAUAUACAUAUUCUGAGGAUGUUAAAGGUUCUUCAUAGAACCAUAGAUGUUUGUGUACUUCCUUCUAUGGAAUAAAAUGGUGACACUGAAGACUA